GAGAUCAAGUGGUGAACGAACUACCUGAAAACACUCUCAUCAAAUCUUAAGCUAAUAGUCGUUGCUGAUUGUCCAACUCCACCAUUGGCCAAUGGCUUCUUCAUCGAAACCCAAAAAGAUUUACGACGUCUUCUUGAGUUUCAGAGGCACGGAUGUACGUCACAACUUCGUCGGCCAUCUCUACCAAGCUUUAGACCGGAUUGGAAUAUACACUUUCCGGGAUAGCGAGGAACUAAAAAAGGGACACAAUUUAUCGACACUUAUGAAAGCCAUCGAAGAGUCAAGCAUCGCAAUCAUUGUUUUCUCUGAGAACUACGCUUCAUCACAAUGGUGCUUGACAGAGAUUGCAAAGAUUAUGGAGUGCAAGGAGCAAAAGAACAUCACCGUUCUACCUGUGUUUUAUAAAGUGAAUCCAAAUGAAGUGAGAGGGGGCAGAAACAGUUAUAAGAUUGCUAUGGCUGAGCAUGAGUCCAAGUUCAAGAAAGAUUCAGAUAAAUUGAAGAGAUGGAAGGAAGCUCUUCUUGAUGCUGGUAAUUUGUCCGGGUGGCAUUUGAAUGAUGGGUAAGUAGA